AUGACUUUCGAAGUUCGACAAAUGUAUGAUGUAAUUAUCAUAACAAUGUAUGUUACAGAAGGAAGUGCGUCUGGUGAUCCACACAUGACGACAUUUGAUGGACGUCGAUUUAGUUGGCAAGGUGUAUGCUGGUAUACAUUUUUCAAAGCCUGUACAACACAUCCUGAAUUUGAAGUCACAGCUAAGUUUGAACCGAGAGUUGACACCGAACAAUUUAAGACAAGAACUGUGUCCUUCAAUGUUACUGUCGGAAACCAAUAUGCUAUUGUCAAUCGGCGCAAUGUAGUUACAGGAAGCAUAGGGAAUAAGCAUGUGGACUCAACUGUUAUACAUAUCAAGGAAGACGAGCACUUGAUUACAUUGAUGUUCAAGUCCAAAGACACAACAUUCACUCUGGAAUGGACACUGAGCAAGCAUCUGUUAAAAACAACAAUCUCUGGCACUGAUUACAAUGGCAAACUCUGUGGUUUGCUAGGUAAUGCUGAUGGUGACAAACGUAAUGACUUUCAGACGCCCGAUGGUAUUGAAGUAAGCGACGUUACCACUUUUGGUGAGAGCUGGAAGAUAAACGAAAUAAUGUAA